AGUCUGGGCAGAGGGGCCCUUGCUGGCAUUGCUGCCAGGGGCUCCAUUCGGAAGGCCGGGAUGGGUUUGUGGGCCUUUCUGCUGCUUUGCCUCCAGGCCCAGGGUCCUGAGUUUGGGAGCUGCGCCUCAGCCCUGGAUCCCAAUGGGAGGCACGUCUGCCAGUCCAGCAGCCAGCCUCCAGUCCUUUCCUGCUGCCCAGGAUGGAAGCAAGAGGGCCGGGAAUGCCCAGUGGCGCUCUGCACGGGACCCGACGCCUGCCACCAGGACGAGGUCUGUGUUCGCCCCGGGGUCUGCCGCUGCCGGCCUGGCUUCUUUGGGGCCAACUGUACGGGACGAUGCCCUGACCAAUACUGGGGUCCUGACUGCAAAGAGAGCUGCCUCUGUUUCCCCAAUGGAAAGUGCAACCCAUCCAGCGGAGAGUGCUACUGUGCCCCCAGCUGGUGGGGACCCCUCUGCCGGGAGUCCUGUCUCUGUGGCCCCCAUGGACACUGCCACCCGCUUACUGGGGCCUGCCGCUGUGACCCAGGAUGGUGGGCCCCCGAUUGCCGCCGACCGUGCCCCUGCUUCCUGGGGGGCUCCCGCUGCGACCCAACCACCGGCCGCUGCCAUUGCCUUCGGGGCUGGUGGGGCCGGACAUGUGCCUCGCGCUGCUACUGCAAUGGCUCCCCCUGUGCCCAGGAGUCCGGCCGCUGCCACUGCCAGGAAGGGCUCUGGGGGGCGGCCUGCCAGCACCGGUGCCCCUGCACCCCCCACGGCAGCUGUGCUGCCCAGGAUGGGCGGUGCACCUGCCACCCUGGCUACCGGGGACAGAGCUGCUCGGAUCUGUGCCCAGCAGGGACCUUCGGGCUGCAGUGUGCACAUAGCUGUGGCCACUGCAAGCCCGGUGCCUGCUCCCCGCUGGAUGGCUCCUGCUCGGCCUGUGCCCCCGGCUGGAAUGGGACUCACUGCAAAGAGUCGUGCCCCCCGGGACGCCAUGGGGAGAACUGCAGCCUGUCUUGCCCCCGCUGCCGUCGAGGGGAGGCUUGCCACCCCGAGACCGGAGAGUGCCAAAACUGCGAAGCAGGCCUCAUGGGGGCCAGGUGGGAGAUGCAUGUGCCCCCCUUGCAAAGGUUGGGGGUACCGUCAUGCAGGUCCUGUCAGUGGCCUGUCUGUUCCUCAAGGAUGGGGGCAGACGGGGAGGAACGGAAAUGCUGGGGCUGGUCUGGCAGCAGCAGCAGGGCCUUCUUUGCUAUGGGGCAGUGGCCCCACAUGUUCUCACCUCCCUCUUUCCUUCCCCACAGGUGUCAGCUGCCCUGUCCGGCCGGCCUUUUCGGGGAGGGCUGCCUCUUGUCCUGCCUCCUCUGCUUCAAUGGGAGCUGUGAUCCGGUGUCCGGGGCGUGUGUGUGCCAGGAUGGGUUCUGGGGUGCCAGCUGCAACCAGAGCUGCUUGGAAGGCUUCCAUGGCCCCAACUGCUCUGUCAGGUGCCAGGGGUGCCAGGGGUAUCCAUGCCACCCCAUCUCAGGGGAGUGCCUCUGGAAGGCCCACCACACAGGAGCCCUCGUGGCCAUGAUCCUGGCUCCACUGCUCUCCCUCCUGCUCUGCCUCGGCUGCUGGGGCUGCUGUUGCCGGCCAGAACCCCAGGACCCCAGAGACAGGGCAGCAGCAAUGGCGGCGGCAGGAGAAGGAGACCCAAUGCUGCAGGUGAAGCACCAGGUUCUGGGCAGCCUCCGCUCCUCCUUGCCCUGCUUCUCUCUGGGGGGCCACAAGCUCCCACGUGUGACAGUCUCCCACCACGACACAGAGGUCCCUUUCACCCCCAGCUUCAUUGAGCCCCCUUCCACCGUCUGGCCCUCUGACUCCUCCUGGGACUCCGAAGAUGGUGAUGGUGAUGAAGAGGCCCCGCUUCCGGCCGGCGGAGAUGCCACUGAGCUCCAGCCCGGAUUUCCUCCAGAGGAGGAGGGGGAGUCUGCCUUGAACCCUGAGCCCUUCGGCAUCCCUCGCACUUCCAGCCUCGCUAAGGCCAAGCGGCCCUCAGUCUCCUUCGCGCAAGGGACCCGGUUUGGCCCUCAGAGUCUUCAGGGCUCCACAGAACCCCUUGGAGCCACUCGGAAGCCCAGGGGCGCCUGGGGGCGACCCACCCCAGAGUCCGAAGAGGGGUCGCAGCCACCCCCUGGGUCCCAAGAGGCAGGGGCUCCUCUGGUGGAGGACCUGAGGACUGGAGGCUGCUGCUAUGAGAACGUGGAGGCUGCUGGAUCCCAGGGGGAGGGAGGCUGCCCUGAGCCCCCCACGUCCGGGACUCCCAGGGGGGUUCACAAGGCCCGGCUGGCUGGCUCCCGGCACGUGGCCCGGCGGGUAGAAGCCCUGGAGGCCGCCUCUAAGACCCCUGGGACACCGCCUGGCCUCACCACCAUCUAUGUGACAGUGGGCAAAGUGGGAGUGGGUGAGGGCCGGGGCGAGAGUGGGCCAGGCCCCGUCCAGACCAUCCUGAAGAGGCUGGGCAGCCUCCAGAGGUCCAGGGCGCCCCCCGGGGAAGACCCCCGGCCAAGGAGGGCCCUCGAGGGGUUCCAGAAGCCGCCUCGAAGGGCCUUGGGGGCAGAGAAGGGUGCCCAGAGGCUGCCAGGCCCAGAGAAGGAGGAGGAAGCAGCCCAGGAGAGUGGCACAAGGGGGCCUGGCGCUGGAGAGGGACAGGUAGAGGCCGAGGGUCCCUGGCCCCUGGGAGGGGAGGGUGAUGGUAGGGAGGGAGUGGGCAGCCCCGGCCGGCCGGAGAGAGGGUCAGGAGGGGCGGCCAAAGCGGAGGCCAAGGAGGGAGAAGGGGAGCCCAAGUACGAGAACGUUCCUGGCUGGUCUGGGGGCUUCUAAUAGGGCCCCUUCCAUGGAGAAAGUGGAGGGGCAGCUUCUGCUGGGAAAGAGAGCUGGCGCUGCCCCCUGCAACUGGGGUUCCUGUGGCAGAGUGAUGGCGGCCCCUUCCUUUGACCCCCAAAGCCCAGUGGGCGGAAGGAGCAUCCUCUGCGGAGCCUCAUGGGGACAGGGAGGCCUCCCCGAAGGAGCAGAGCCCCUCUUUGCCUCACCUGACCU